AUGGCUUAUGAAGAAGAUGGUUCAAAUUCUGGUCUUUCAGCUUCUGUUGAUCAAAUAGGUAGUGAAGUCUCGAAAGGAUCUAUCAAAGGGAAUGGAAGCGAGUAUUCAGACAAACCAGAUUUGGAAAAUGGCAGUAACAAUGAAAUAGUGUACAGUGGAAGUGAAACUAAGUUUCCGACAUCAAUUAAAUUCAUUUUAGGUAAUGAAAUUUGUGAAAGAUAUUCUUUUUAUGCUUUAAGAUCUAUUCUUACCAACUAUUUAAUCAGUUUUAUGGGCUACUCAGAAAGUAAUGCAUCAUCAAUUGGUCAUGGUUUUAAUGCAGGUGCAUAUAUUUGUUCUUUAGUAGGUGCCUAUAUUGCUGAUGGUGUUUGGGGUAAAUACACUACAAUUUUAAAUUUUAGUAUUCUUUACUGUAUUGGUGCCACUAUUUUCUCAGUUACCGCUAUCCCAGGUGUUACUGGUAGUGGCCCAGGUGACAGAUCACCAUGGGGUUUAAUUAUUGGUUUAGUUGGUAUUGCUGUUGGUACUGGUGGUAUUAAACCAGUCGUCUCUGCUUUUUGUGGUGAUCAAUUUGGUCCACAUCAAAAACAAUUACUUCAAAAUCUUUUCCAAGUCUUCUACUGGUGUGUUAACUUUGGUUCAUUCUUCUCAACUAUUCUAUCACCAAUUCUUAGAACAAAUGUUGGUUAUUGGUGUGCUUUUGUAGUACCAGCUGUAAUUUUGGUAAUUUCCAUUUUAAUUUUCGUACUUGGCAAUAAGAGAUAUGUUAAACAUAAACCACAAGGUUCAAUCUUAAAAGAUUGUGCUAAAAUUUUUGGAUGUGCUAUUAAAGAAAGAUUUAAAAAGUUAUUCCAAGGAAAGAAUUAUAAUGAUAUUUACUAUACCGAUAGCUUUUAUGAUAGAGCUAAAGGACGUUAUGACCCAAGAACUGUUGAACAACUUAAAUUAGUUUUAAGAGUAUUAACUAUUUUCAUUCCACUUCCAUUCUUCUGGGCACUUUAUGAUCAAACCGGUACUCGUUGGACCAUUCAAGCCAAUAAUAUGGAUAGACAAUUAGGAAGUUGGGAAAUCGAUUCUGAAAUGAUCAAUGCCGUAAACCCAAUCUUGGUUAUGAUUUUUGUACCAAUCUUUGAAUAUGGUAUCUACCGUCCAUUACAAAGACGUAAUAUCAACUUUUCUCUUCUCCGUAAGAUGGGUGCUGGUAUGUUCUUAUCCGUUAUUGCUUUCUAUAUCUCUGCCAUUAUUCAAGUUAAGAUUGACAACAGUCCACCAAACUCUGUUCAUAUCGCAUUACAACUCCCACAAUAUGUCGUUUUAACUGCAGGUGAAGUUCUUUUAUCAAUCACCGGUCUCGAAUUUGCCUACAAAAACUCACCACGUUCAAUGAAAUCUAUGGUUAUUGCUGGUUGGUAUUUAUGUGUUUCCAUUGGUAAUAUGUUUGAUGCAUUUGUAAUUGAAUUAAUCAAACUCCCAGAAUACCAAUUAUCAUUAUUAUUUGGUUCUGUUAUGUUUGUUUUCAUUUUCAUUUUCAUUAUUAUUGCCUAUAGAUUCAAACCAAUUCCACAAGAACUAUUAGACGAAUUGAAUGGUGACACCCCAGCCAAUAACCCAGAUGCAAAAGAAAUGGACAUCGUUGCUCAAUUGAAAAAGGAUGAAAAAUUAAGUUCAAGUGUUGACUUUAAUAAAGCUGAUGAGUAUAAUGAAAACUAA